GAUGCCGGCGCUGCGAGCGCCCCCGGCCCGCCGCCCCCCGGCCAGCGGGCUCUGACCGCGGGGUCGCUCCCGGACCCUGCCCGGCUGCCAAUAACCCCGGGCUGCGCAGAGGAGCCCACCGAGGCCAUGGAGGAGCGGGGCCCGGCGGCAGCGCCGGAGCGAGGGGCGCCCGCCCGCACCGCGCCCCCGCCGCCGCGGGAGCCCCGGCGCCGCCGGAAACUUUCCUCGGCGCUGAGCGCCGGCUCCCUGGCGGUGCUGCCGGCCCUGGCGGUGAGGCUGGCGCGGGGGCAGCGGGGCUGGGGCUGGGUGCUGCCCGGCGCGGUGCCCCUCUGCCUGGCCGGCGCCUUCUGGGGCGCGGGGCGCUGCCCGGGGCGGCCGCGGGCGGCGGCGCUGCUGCUGCUGCUGCUGCUGGCCGCCUGCUGCGGGGGGGAAGCGGUGGCGCAGACGGCGCUGGCGGCGGGGGAGGAGGAGGAGGAGGAGGAUCACUUGCUCUCCCUCGCCGCCACGGGGGUGGUGCUGAGCUGCCUGGCCGCCGUGACAUGGCUGGUGCUGAAGCUGAGGCAGGGCGUCCUCAUGCUCGCCGUGACUAGCGCGGCCAAGACCACGUCCCUCGUCGCCUUGGAGAGGGUCCCGGCGUCCUGGCGGCCCUACCUGGCCUACCUGCUGGGGCUGCUGGGCAUCCUUCUGGCCGGCUACGCCGACCGGCUCUGGCCCCCGCGGCGGGCCGCCCCGCUGGCCGAGCCUCCCGCCGCCCCCCCGGCCGCGGACGAAGCCCCGGUGCUCAGGCGGCGGCGGCGGUCCAGCUCCAUGAUCUCCCCCGAGAUGUCGGGCGGCGGCGGCAGCGGCAACAAGACCCACCGGCGGACCUCGCUGCCCUGCAUCCCCCGGGAGCAGCUCAUGGGGCAUUCUGAAUGGGAUCACAAACGAGGACCCAGAGGCUCACAGUCUUCUGGCACCAGCAUCACCGUGGACAUCGCUGUCAUGGGAGAAGCACACGGGCUCAUCACAGACCUCCUGGCCGACCCUUCGCUGCCCCCCAACGUCUGCACGUCCCUGAGGACAGUGAGCAACCUGCUCAACACACAGCUGACCUUCCAGGCCAUCCACAAGCCCAGGGUGAACCCCUUGGUGUCCUUCAGUGAGAACUACACUUGCUCUGACUCCGAGGAAUGUCCGGAGAAGGGAGAGAAACUAGCAAUUCCCAAGCGCUUACGGAGAAGUUUGCCUCCAGGACUGCUGAGACGAGUGUCCUCAACCUGGACCACAACAACAUCAGCCACAGGACUGCCCACUCUGGAGCCAGCUCCAGUGAGAAGGGACCGCAGUGCCAGCAUCAAACCUCACGAAUCUUCUUCAUCCAGCUCUGACUCCUGGAACAGCUCCAUUCUGAUGACCAUCACGAAGAGCAGGUCCUUCUCCACCUCCUACGCCGUGUCCUCCACCAACCACCUGAAUACCAAGAGGCAGAGCCGCCAAGGUAUCCCACCAAAUAUUUCACCUCUCACCUCCCCGUGCCAUUCGCCGAUUCAGGGGACGCCUGCCACGAGUCCUACUGGGAAAACAUCUUCUGUGUCAUUUCCAGAGCCUACAGACACUGACACCAAGCAGGGCCUAAAGCCACACAAAGUCUUAACUUCUACUCAGAGUGCACCUAGCCUGUCAGACCCUGUUAUCAGCCCCUCCAUCAUCUGCAGCAGCUGUGGCAGACCCUACAACCAAAUAGAAGCUGGUGAUGGGACACUAAAUAGAAAUGAUGCUACUACACAUACCCUGAACAGAACAGAUGAUCCUGCUCAGGCCACUUCUGACUACGAGACCAACAACAGCGACAGCAGUGACAUCGUGCAGAACGACGACGACACGGAUUGCUCCAAGGAGCAGCCACGGAAGGGAUCUGGCUGUAGGUCCUACACGCCCGAGACCAUCAUCCUGCACCCCUUGACACCACCUGAGGACAAGCCUGUACUGGCUCCUGAGCCCCUGGUUAUGGACAACUUGGACCCCCUGAUGGAGCAGCUAAAUAGUUGGAACUUCCCAAUCUUUGAUUUGGUGGAAAAAAUUGGGAAGAAAUGCGGUCGGAUUCUGAGUCAGGUAUCAUACAGGCUUUUUGAUGACAUGGGGCUGUUUGAAACCUUUAAAAUACCAGUGAGGGAAUUUAUGAACUACUUUCAUGCCUUGGAGUGUGGAUACCGAGAGAUACCUUAUCACAACCGAAUCCAUGCCACGGAUGUUCUGCACGCCGUGUGGUACCUCACAACCCAGCCCAUCCCGGGACUGCCCACUGUCAUCAAUGACCACGGCUCAGCCAGCGAUUCAGAUUCCGACAGUGGCAUCACUCACGGCCACAUGGGAUACGUGUUUUCAAAGACAUACACACCUACAGAUGACAGCUACGGAUGCCUGGCUGGCAACAUCCCUGCCCUGGAGCUGAUGGCUCUUUAUGUGGCUGCAGCCAUGCAUGACUAUGAUCACCCAGGAAGGACCAAUGCCUUCCUGGUAGCAACGAGUGCUCCUCAGGCGGUGCUGUACAACGACCGCUCCGUGCUGGAGAACCACCACGCUGCUGCUGCCUGGAACCUCUUCAUGUCCCGGCCAGAGUACAACUUCCUGGUCAACCUGGACCACGUGGAGUUCAAGCAUUUCCGCUUCCUCGUCAUCGAGGCCAUUCUGGCUACUGACCUGAAGAAGCACUUCGAUUUCGUUGCCAAGUUCAAUGCCAAGGUGAACGACGACGUUGGCAUUGACUGGACCAACGAGAACGACCGCUUGCUGGUUUGUCAGAUGUGCAUCAAGCUGGCUGACAUCAACGGGCCUGCCAAAUGCAAGGACUUGCACCUGCAGUGGACAGAGGGCAUCGUCAAUGAGUUUUAUGAACAGGGCGAUGAAGAGGCCAGCCUGGGGCUGCCCAUCAGCCCGUUCAUGGACCGCUCGGCUCCGCAGCUGGCACACCUCCAGGAGUCCUUCAUCACCCACAUCGUGGGACCACUCUGCAACUCCUACGACUCGGCAGGGCUGAUGCCAGGAAAAUGGAUAGAAGAGAGUGAUGAGUCAGGAGACACUGAUGAGCAGGAGGAGGAGGAAACAGCAGACAUGGAAACUUGUGAAAACGCCGAAUCCAGAAAGAAGAAGUUCAAGAGGAGGAAAAUCUACUGCCAGAUCACUCAGCACCUGCUUCAGAACCACAAGAUGUGGCAGAAGGUGAUUGAGGACGAGGAGAGGUUAGCUGGGUCAGAGAAGCAAGGCACGGAGCAAUCCCCACUGCACCAAUCCUCAGAACAAAUCCAGGCCAUCAGGGAAGAGGAGGAGGAGAAGGGGAAGGCCAAGAAGGAUGAAGAGGAGAACACAACUGUAGAACCAAACCAAUGACAAUCUUUACAGCAGUAUUUUAAGACAGAUUGACUCGUGCACAGACUCUUUCUCAAGCCAGCACAGCAUUUAGACACAACACUGUAGAAGUAUGGGAUAAUGCGCCUACAGCUGUUUAAUUUGUUUCUCUUUCCUUUUUCUGGUGAGGUACAUUGUUUAAACUCCUAUGCUCAAGGAAGCUUUCACACUGCAACACCGGCUUUACUUUUUGAAGAGAUUUGGGGGUGGGUGGAAUUAUAUAAAUAUAUAUAUAUAGCCAGGGUUAUUGGCUGCACACUUCAGCAAAAUACAUUUAAUGAUAUAUUAUGGUCACUGUGAUAUUUACAGGAGAAAGUUAUCUGAGGAAAUGCUGCUUCUGAAGCACAUUUGCAGUUAACAGUAAGGUACCAGUUAAGUAGCUUUUUGCUCUUAAUGCUGAGGGAUAAAAGUUCCAAAGCUUUAUAUGAAUGCUGAUAUAUCCUGCCAACACAUAUGUGUGAGUGAGGGGGUGUUUGCAGGUGUGAGUGGAUGUGAGGAAAUGCAGCAUGCUCUGAGUUCUUACCACACUAGCUGUAGCACAUGUCCCAGCAUACCACAACAAAGAGAAGGCCAGAAUUGUCGAGAAUUCGUGCCUGCAAGGGAACAAUUUUGAGGAGCUUUGCUUUCCCUCCAGUCCCAGUGUGCAGUCCAGCUGCGGGCAGCCUCCGCUCAGCAGCAGCCCGGGCGCUGCUCCGGCCCUGCCCAGCUGUGCUGGAUCUCCUCCUCCUCCUCCUCCUGGGCACCUCCGGACUGCUGGCGAAAGGGAUGUGCCAGGAGGGCUGUUGGCAGCGGGGAAUGCCUGGCACAGCAGUGUGUGCCCCUGCAGGAGGCUGGCCCUGCCUGUGCCCCGCAGGGCGAGCGCGCUCUUUGGGCACAGUGUGCUCUUCUGCCCUGCCCCUGGGCAGCCGUGGCCAAACGUGGCAUUCAGGAACAAAGCUAAACUGCUGGCAGGCAGAGGAAGGGCAGCGUGGGGGCCAGGGGAAUCAGGCAAAGGGGGCAUUGGGAGCUGCCUGGGGACAGGUGCCAGUCCUGCGUGGGCUGGGCACUGCGUGUCCCAGGGCUGCUCACAGGGGCUUCAGAGAACUCGGGUUUUCAGUGUCAGGUGCUGCACGGCAGCAGUUUGUUGCUGGCAUUCUGCUUAGGAGCAGCAUGUUUGAUCCCACCAAUAUAUUUUUCCUUCUUUCUUCUUUUUUUUAACAGAAAAAAAAAAAAGAUCAGGCUUGUAAGAACAGCAGAUCUUUUUUUGUUGUUGUUGUUGUUCUGUUCAUUUGUUUUCUCUGUUGUUUAUGCUGUGAGCCAAAUGUCUAUUUAAAAGGUUGGAUAUUCACUUUCAAUAUUUUAUUUCACGAUAUAUUUGUCAAUGAUUAGCUAUCUAGAUGUAAAUAUGGAAAAAUUUUUAUGGGUUCCUGUAGAUAAUGAUAUCUUUAAGAAAAAAAAAGAAAAAGAAAAAAAGGGAAAAGUUGUUUUGUAAAGAUAAUUUUUUUAAAAAUAAAUACAAAAACAUUUUUAUACAGUGUAGCCAUUUCCAAACCCCACAAAUAAAGUCUUGAGUAAUCUGUAUAGACCCUUCUGGGAAACCAGCAGUCUUACAGGAUCAAGGCUUUAAAAUAUUAAUGCUCUUGGGGACUGGCAGCACCAAGCAGUACCCCACAAUUUAGAGAUUUGUUCCCACAGAAAGAGUUAUAUAUAUAUAUAUAAACUUCAGUAUCUCUCAGAACUCCUUUGACUAUGUAUGCUUUUUCUAGUUUGAUUCUGCAGCCGUUACCCAGAAGAGGGCUGCUUGUGAGAGUAAGAUUCCUUGUGAAAGGCAGAGAUUGUGGAAGUCCUUCCUGUAUUAAAUUCCUGGUCUUACACCCAUCACUUUUUGCUAUUGUUCCACGUUCACCAGAUUUCAUGGUCCUGUUGACACCUCCCCAAAAUGUUGGAAAACGCUCUCUAUCAAAGCCAAUCACAUGUGUGUUAUCACUUCAGGGUUCCUUCUUGCUUUGUGUUUCUGUCAGAAUGAGGUUUUGCUCAAAAGAGGAUUUUUGGGGUUUUUGCUGGUUGCAUUUUCCUGAUGUUGUCCUGUCCUACUCUUACCAGUGGAAAAUGUGUUUGCCUUUCAGCAGAGUGACUGGGGCAGGUUCUGAAUGCUCUUAUCAGCAGGAAUGUUUUAGAACUGUUUUCCAUUGAAAUCAGAAAAGCAAAGAUCCAAAUUGCACUGAUGUUUUAAAGGGAAAGGACAUAGCAGGAUUCAUUCAAAAGAAAAAAAAAGUUGUCUCCAAGAUCUCAGCAAGUCUCCACAAAUUCCAGCUUGUGUUGUUUUCCUAUCUCUUCAGUCACUUUGAUAAUUUUAUUUGGGCUUUUCUUUUGCAAGUGAUAUGCAUACCUUAUAGUAUAAGAAAGAUUUACUAUGCCUCAUUCUGUCCUUUAAAAAUUAAAAUUACAGAGAUGUUUUAAAAUGUCACAUCUCCAAGCACGUCUUUCUUGAUUUUCAGUGCAUAAUCACUGCAAAUGAAUUUUAAUAGUGGGGUUUAUAUUGCCUUUGCUGGAAGAGGAAAACAGUUCUAUUGCUGCCAGUGUUAGUGGGUGCCCAGUUGGUAAAAUUAUGAAGAACCAUUCAAGAAAGAGGCAAAAUCCUGUAAGGAGGGUUUCACAUAUUCCUCUAAACUGGCAUACACAGGGUUGAAAAGAACUAAGAGUAACUAAGAAAAGUUAGCUAAAAAUGUGCUGAAAUCAAAUCAAUAUAUUUUUCUGGUCAUCACUUUUGGUUGCCAUUAAGUAAAAUUAGUGUCAGCUUCUGAUUUGUUUUUCUGCAUUGCCAAGGCAGCUGUUAGAAACUGACACACCAUUGCUACCCCAGCCUGUUCAUGGGAGCAGUCUCUGAACUGGACCCUUAUGGACAGACUUAAAAUGAAAAUGAUUGUUGUUUUUAUCCAAACUAGAAAGAAAUUCCAGUGAAGAAGCUGAAGUGGCUGUGAGUACUCAGCUUGGUAAGAGGUGAAUUUUUUUGUCCCACUUCAAAUAGUUAGUAAUCCAAUUUCUGCAGGUGGUCCCUCCUUAUGAAUCUGAUUCUCAGUCUUUGAAGGGCAUGUCUGGCAGCCAGUGAUCAGGAAAUCUCCAGGCUGGCUUAGAUAUAACACAAACCCCCAUUUAAAUGGUGUUUUGCAGUGGCAAACCCAAGGUACUUUAGUUUUCUGUUCUUUAAAAACAGGAAGAGAAAGACUAGAUGAUUUUUUCCAUUUGGAUAUUUUGUUUUCCCCACUUUAGUGGCACUUGGUGUCUGACCCUGUUCCCUUCUAGUCUAGAAGUUUGUCUGAAAUGCUUUUGUAGUGCUUGCAGCUCCCAGUGCAGUGACAAAAGCACUCUGUGUGUCAUGUAGCAACCACAUGUAAACACUUUUGUCCCUAUACUGGCACUUUUGUUGAUGGCCACAUGGUGUUUACCAUGGAAUAUAACUUCUCUCCUUACACUUGUGUUGCAGAGGGAACACGUGGAAAUAGCGUGAAAGCCCCAAACUAUUUAAUUACCUUUUCUUUUAGGAGGAGUGUAAGAAUUAGCUUUUAAAAAACCAAAAAUGCUGUGUCUAAAAACAAUAGUUUCAAACGUUCAAAAGGCCAUAAUUUACUGUGCUCUAUAUUUAUGCUCUAAUUCUAAAAUCUUGGUUUGUUUUUAGCUAAUGUGUGAGCAUUUUGACACUUGUCUCUGAAAGUCAUCUACUCCCUCCAGUAGGAAGAUGGUGUUUGAUGAGAUGUUGCAAUCUGUGCAUCAGAAGUGAGUUGCAGCAAUCUAGGGAAAAGGGAUUUUGCUGUGCUUUUGGAUGGCCUUAAUCUGUGAAUGAAAUCUUUUGCACAGAGCUGUGUGUCACCAAAGGCCUCCCCUGUGACAUCGUGCAGGGUGCUGGUUCUCAUAGCAAACGUGGCAUUAUUAUGGCAGGAAAAUGGUUCCAGGGCAGGUGUGAUUUGAGAAUGCUUUUGUUAAUCGUGCAAGGAUAGUUUUCAUCAGUUUUUAUUCUGGUAUCACGUGUCAACUUCUCUCUGCAUCAUCAUCAGCCUAAAGAUGGAUUUAGGUCUUUACCAUUAGUGCACCACUGUUAGAAUUUCUUAAGAUCCUGGUGGUCUGAAUCUGGAAGAAGGUUAAAGCUACAGAGGUUCAACUAGAUGCUUUUAAAGGUACAAUUUUGGCAUCUAAGCAAAUUUCCCUCCCAAGUCCCAUUCUAUGCAUUCCAUGCUGGACAUAAAAUUAAUUUGUUUUCUUUAAAAAUUCUAUAUUUCUGUCUACUUUUUUGCUAGAUUUUUUUUUUUGUUCUGAAAUUCUGGCCCCAUCUUUCUUCAGAAAUGGCCUGGGAAGUCGAAUGCAGUGUGAAGAAGGCAAGGAUCUUGCCAAAUUGAGCAUCAGUCAGUGGCAGAGCCUGUUAGGACUCUGUGUGGGCAUCCAGCACUGCUGAUCUGCUCAGGGUCAGCAACCCGAGCCUGGCUGGACUUGGAAUCCUAGAGAAUUUUGUCAGUUUUCAAAAUAAACCCUAGGCAUUUCUGAAAGGUUAGCCAUGAGUCUAAUGCAGGAAAAGCUUUGUGGCUGGUGCUGGUUGUUAAUGAAGUUCUUGUGCAAAGUCCGUGUAAGUCCUGCCACAACUGAGAUGUUCCAACAUCACAUGGGAGGAAGGAAGGGUUCAUUUUAAGGGUGAGAAGUUGCUGAGCAUCCCACAGCCUCGUGGGCAGAGGAUUAGACAGAAGCAGGUUCCCAAAGUGAAGGAUUCACCUCUCUGCAGGCACUCAGGGCUCCCUGCUCUGCCCAGCCUCAGCCCUGGACGCUGCCCUUAGCACUUGGGAAUUCCAGUCUUCCCGUGGAUGGGGUUGAGCACAGGCAGGAGGGAAGUGAAACAUUCAUUCUGUGGGGAGGAGGAAGGGAAAUCAUAGUCCAUUAUCAAACAGAUUUUAUAAACCAAAACUUAUUUUCCUUUUCUUUCAAAAGCAAAUGUAAUCCUGCUGAAAUGGAGUAACAUAAGAGUUUCUGGGAGGUUAAUUGCUGCUUGAUGUUGCAGUAUUAGUCAAAAUGAUGGCAGUGUUAAAAGAGAAGAUAAUUAUUGCCAUUAAUUAGAGCGGGAGAAUCUUCUUUUUUUCCUAUUUUUUAGUGAAUCAACAAGUAAGAAUGUGCAGGGAUCUUGGAGAACCAUACACAUUAAGUGGUUUUGAACAGAUGAAAGAAUCACAGAAAUUAGGUGUGAGCUGUCUUACGAAACACUGGAAGAGCUUGCAAAAUUAUUGAUUAUUGGAGUCAAACUUUGAUUUAGAGCAAAAUAGCACCAGUACUUUUGAGAGCAAUUUAUUAUGGUAGAUCUUUCUUUGAAUUUCAUCAUUUUCUUUUAGCAAAACAGCAUUCCUCUGCAGGUAGAUCAAGGAAGGAUUUAGCCCUGCUGUGGUACAUAUUGAGUCCCAGUGUUGCAGGGAGCAGUGUGAGAAUUAUUCUCCAUUUACAACCUAAUUAUGAUUUAUUCAGAAGCCAUUAGGGGGAUUUUCCUGGCAGGCAGGUGUUCUUUUGAUGAAAAAUGCAUCUCACCACCUCAGCAGGAUGCAGAUGUCACCUGAGUGAGCUCUUAGGACAGGCUCCUCAGGAGCCUGGGGGCAGAACAGUGCUGGUUAUUUCUGCAGAGUUCCUUUCCACAGUGACAAAAGGCAAGAGCUCGAGCUGGUUAACAAUGCUUCUUUGAUAAAAAUGAAAUGGUUUCAUUGUGCACUCUGAAACCCUGCCAGUGUCACAGAGGUGUAUGCAGACAUUCCCCCCGGUGCUUGCUCCUGUAAAACUGCUGGUGAGUUCAGGUAAAACCAGCUGGCCUUGGAUGUGGUCUGUCAAGCUGAAGGGUGUAGUAAAUCAAGAAGAAUUUUUGACUGAAGUUGUUUAAUGCUUCUUCAUCAAGGAAAACCUUGCUUAGUGUAAGUGGAGGGAGAAAAACAAAAAUUCAUUUGAGCUUUUCAGGUUGCCAGUCUGUGCCAGGGGUUUCUUGGUUCCAAAGCUGUGUGUGCAGUAUGUGGGAAUGGGGCAGCAGAGGAGAAUUGCUCUGCCCUGGAUGCCAGAGGGAGUCUUUGUCCUCUGGGGAGCACCCCUGAAACCUGCAGGUGUGGAAAGAGCAGAGAAUUAGUUGGGGAAACCCAAAUAUUCCUGUUUUCUGUGUGGAGGCAUAAGGGCAGGUACACAGGACUUUGCCACAGCUGCAGGCCAUGUGUCAUUUCAUGGCUGCAUUCUCUUGUCCUGAGGCAAAACCAGAGAAAUCAGAUCAAAUAAUAACUCAGUUUUCAACGCUGUCUUCCUGUACUGCAGCGAACGCUUAGAAACAAUUGAUGUGAAUUAGCAACUGCUCUUUGCUUUUAAGUAUUUAUUUAAAGGACUUGGGAGGUUUUGGUGGUGCUUCUCAUUUUCCUCCUCUGACCCUAGUCAUUUUCACCCGAUGCUUUCCUAAAAAAAAAAAUUUAAAAAAUUAAAAGCUCUGUGAUGUGGUCAGAGGUAAAACAGUGAGGGGUUUGCCAUGUGUGUACAUACUGCUUUAGGUAGAAAGGCUGCUGAAUUCUGGUAAAGCUGACUUUCCUUCCCAAAAUUCCUGCCUGACCGUGAAACACAACAAAAGCCUGUAUUUGAAUGCAAAGUGUUGAUUUGUAGGUGUUUGUAAACCUUGAUACAGUACUGCAGACGGUGUCCCAAAAGAUCAAAGACAACGUUAAUAACUGCUCUGUGAUGUUGAUGAUAUCUUUAAUAUUUCAACCAUGUCAGCGUACUUUUGAUCAUUACUUUUCUAAAGUUAAGUCUUCUUCUCUUGAAUAAUCAAUAUCAGAUGUUUGCAUGAUGGAAAGUAAUUUAAGUUCACUUUUCCAAAAGCCGUGAUUCAUACUGUGGGUUACGUUUGUUUAACAGAUUAACAUUUUCACUGAUGGGUGGCAGUUUUUUUUUCUUUUUAGUGCUUUUGAUAGAAGAAUAUCUAGGAUAUUUUCCAACAAAAAUACAUUUUUUCACCUUUGCCUCCAGUUGUGGACGAAAUACCUUCCAAAAAUAAUCCUUUUCCAAUUCCAGUUUGGCCUGUCUGGGUAACAAUAUGCAAGUAUGUUUAUCACAUAGAAGAUGUGAUUGAAAAAAUUAAAAUUCCCGUUUUGGUGAAGUAAUCAAGAAAUUAACCUAGCAAGAUUACAACCCUUUCUAAAUUGAAAUCUUGGGUGUGCCAAUAUAUGAAGCACUUGACCCCCACCAGAUUUGGGGGCCAAAUUAUACACAUUUUUUAUUUCAAAAUUGACAACAGGCCAAACAAAGUUGUUUUGUUUUUUUUUUUUACUUCAGGAAACACUGAGAAAUUUGGUCAUCUUACAUCCUGUCCUGUGAGGGUUGACUCCUGGUCUGGGACCUUGGGGUAAAAUUAUUUUAAUGAUGCUUAUUCAGACUCAGCUACAGUAGCAGCUUUCCACAAAUCACUCGUGUACUACAAAUUUAAUCCCUCCUUGAUUUUUUUUUUCACUUCAAAAGGUGAGAAAAAGAUGGGGGGAGUGUAAUUUUAUACGGCUCUGUUUGAAAAAGGGUUUUGUGUAGACCUUUAUAAUUCUUUUGAAGCAAUAUUUUAAAAAAUAACUGCCAGCCAAAGUGGCAAUGCAGAAAAGUGCCAUCUUGUUUAGGAUUUGUACACGCCAGUUUUUAACACAGUGUUCUUUUCACUAAGUACUACAUACAUUAAUUUAUAUUUAUAUAUUGUCAAUAUUGUUGUAACCAAGCUUCUCCUUUCUAAACACUUCAGGAACAAGGCCUUGUAUUUUUAGGUGAUUUUCAUAAACAGAAUAAUUCUUUUCCUUUCACUAGUAUCUUGCACUCGAUACAUGUAGCAAUACUUAAUAUAUUCUCUUCACAAGUAUUUGUUAAGUGAUUUAGUUAAUGGCUGAUAAAUGUUUUGUACAAAAUAGAUUCUGUACAGGAAAAAAAUCUUUUAGAUAAACAUUAUUUAUUUUUACUGUUUUGUAAGUUAGACACUAUAAUGAAGCUCCUUUUUGCCAGAAUUACUGGAAGUGCCUCUUGGUAAAAUGUAUUAUACAGUAAAUAUGUAUUCAAAAUUAUUAGAAAUACUUGUCACAAAAUGAACAAUGUGGAUGUUGCAAUGUGAAGACAAAUGUACAACAUAAAUAUAAUUCUGUGGUAUCCUG